CUGAUGUGUUCCGUAAGGUUCGGUUUGGCUAUCGGCAAUACAUGGCUCCCAUGGUUGGCGGUAGGCUUGGCGAGGUGGCUCCCAUGAGCGUUGAUGAGUAUCACGAUGUGAUUGUGCAAAUGUAACCGCCAUGCUGAGGUCAGCAGCUGCGCUUUGCUGUGCGAGCGACUGGUUACACCGGAGGCGAAGUGGUGGAAGAAGGAAAACACGGAAAUGGAUACUCUACCGUCUUGACAUCGAUGCCUGUCACUGCUUAGAGGUGCAUGACGAAGGGACAGUAUACACUCAGCCUCGUGCGGUGCAACAGCUAACCAUUUCCGUUCGUAACAUGGUGCUUCUUAAAGUUGCAGGCGGUCCCACGGAAGAUCAUGGAGCUUGAUGAUCAUCAACACGAGCGAUGAUCAUCAGUUGGACGACGGGAAGCAAAAGUUGGGGCGGCAGCAAGCCUUGGAUAUCAACACUUGCUGAGGAGGAAACUGGUUUUUGU